GACAAGGGCUAGUGUCAAUAUUCUUCCUAUUGCGACUUCAAUAACGUUUUUCUGUGAACUGUGAGGCCUUAUACAUUUUGCUGACACCGCAGUUCUUGCCUCCUGAACUGCGAUAUUUAGUUUUCCUGGCGCAGAGGGCUCCGCCAACGGAGCAACGGCGAGCGGAGAAGGCGGUCUCAGCGGCAGGAGGAGAUUCAUAGGUGUCCGAAUAAUUGCGGCGUUGUUGGAAACGUGGCGCAUAUGGACGCACAUUGUUGGAGACGUUCGGUGCAAGUAGGCGACAGUGACAUGCCACGUGUCCAGCACGGCCGCAAUAAAAACAAAUCGGACGGUUGUCUUCCGUGCGCCAAUGGUCUUGAUGUCGGGCAUGCUGUACCACUGGUAGGGCGGGAGGGGAUACAGGCGGGGGCAAAGGCGGGCAAAGUGGACCUUAGGUCUGCAGUCCAGGUCUCGCAGUGACUUCGGUGUAUGUCAGGGGAGCGGCAGUCGGAGCCUGAUGGAAAGAAGGCGGGACGUGGUCGGCUACCUGCUCCUUGAUGACAUUGUGAUGUUAUUGGGUGCAGGAUCACUCCAGAAAGAGAUAGAAGCAGCACGCAGAAGCACAAAAACACAUCAGACUUGUAUUGGACACACGUAAUACGUUGAAAUGGCACACACGCAACAGUUCCCCAAAAUACAUUCUAGAAAACAUGCAGCUAUAUAUAGAUCAGUCAAACGUAAUCUGCCUACAGUUCAUGCGGAAGCAGGUGUCGCUGUGUCGGAGACGUCGCGGAACCAGUGUCGGACAGCAGUGUCGGUCAACAGGGUCAGACAGCAGGGUUGGACAGCAGGGUCGAGCUGCAGGGUCAAACCGCCUCGUGGAGCUCAGGUGGCUCUGUGCCACAGUCGAUGUACCAGAGCCUUCGCGUGCCCGGUUUCCCGACGGCGGGGUUUGCGCCCCGGAGCACACUGCAGCAGCCCACCGGGUCACGUCCACAGCUGGCGAGGUAGCCCUGUGGCCGCUCACUCGAACGCUCGUUCAGCCAGGCUCAGGACCGCCAGCCUUCCUGGACCAGUUGCCCAGUGGAAGAACUGGACGAGGUAGCCCUGGUGGUCGCUCACCCGAAUGCUCGAUCAGCCAGGCUCAGGACCGCCAGCCCUCCUGGACCAGUUGCCCAGCGGAAGAACUGGACGAGGUAGCCCUGGUGGCCGCUCACCCGAAUGCUCAAUCAGCCAGGCUCAGGACCGCCAGCCCUCCUGGACCAGUUGCCCAACGGAAGAACUGGACGAGGUAGCCCUGGUAGCCGCUCACCCGAAUGCUCGAUCAGCCAGGCUCAGGACCGCCAGCCCUCCUGGACCAGUUGCCCAGCGGAAGAACUGGACGAGGUAGCCUGAUUCGGGUGCAGAUCUAGUGAUGGGGCGGCAAUAGCUCCUAUGGGCCGGGCGCCCAGCGAGGACGCUCUGCCGUCGAACGCCGAACCUCGCGCACUGCUCACGCCACGGGCCACACUCUCUCGAGCCACGCUUUUCGAGGCGCCACUGUCGACGCUCACCAAUUGGUGUCGAUGAUGAUGAUGAUGACGACCUUAAUGUACAUACCCACUCAUGGGUAUUGGCCAAGAGUCGGUGUCCUCUUCGCCACCGCAUGGCACACUGUCUUCAUAUGUUUUUACUUGCCACUCCCGCAUGCAAUAUAUU